CUGUCCUCCUUUUCCUCUCAUUCAACUUGAAACAAUUGCUGCGUUUCUCUCUCUCUCACUCUCUCUGUCCCACUGUCUCUGUUUCCUUUGUUUUUCUGGCUACCUCUUUUCUCUUGCUUUCUGUUUCCAAGAGAAAAGGAUAACUUUCUGUUUGUUUCUCACUGAGCACAGUAAUUGUCUCUCCUUCUUUGUGACCACUUACUUGAACUUUUGCCAGAGGAGCAGUCUUCUCACCAUCGCAGGAUCCCGAAUCCUCUCCUGGGCGACAGUCGCUUCACACUUCCACGGCAACUGUGUAACUACGGAGUACAGGCAUGGGGCAGAAAUCAGGCAAAAAACAAACAGUGUCAUCAGAGAGGCGCCACUGAGGAGUAAUGUGGACAAGGGGACAAGUGGACAGAAAAAGAGAAGUUUGUUGAUGAAAGUAACUUCACGUCUCUGAGGCUUUUUCUGACUUCUGACUGCAGAUAACAGGAAAAGAUUAAGAAGACAAAACUUAACAAAGCAGAAACUUUUUGAAGAAUGGGGAUUUUUUACGUUUUCCCCGUUGAUUUUUUUUCUGUAGCAUUGUCUUUACAAAGUGUCGACAGACCAGAAGAUUGGCCUUUUUGAGGAUUUCUGCCUCUGGAAGAAGAAACUGUUGGUUAACGAAGCUGUUGACAAAAGUUGGAGAUAAAGAUUUCUACCUUUGGGACUGAAUGUUUGUGUGUCUGUGUGUAGUGUGUGUAUCAGCGUUAUGUGAGAGUGUUCUUGCAGUUGUGUCAGGACCUUACUGUGUUUAUUUAUGUAACUUCUGUACACAAGAAGUUCACAGAGUGUGAUGCGUGGUUGUGAAGCUGCAAGCUGUCUAUCUGUCCUCAGCACAGACAGACACAGGGAGGGACAAACAUGUGUGUCCAUGGCAACGAGUGGCUGUAGCCCCUUCCCCAUGUGUUGGGACAGAGAAUAUGACAGACACUUAGCAGCUGCAGUGUCAGCAGGGAAAACCAUGGCGACAGCCUACCUGGACCCCAACCUGAAUCAUACCCUCCUGGGAGGCGCCAAGUCAAGGCUGAGUGCAGGGGGGUCAGACCGAACCAUGGCCGGCUCCGUGGACAGGGUUCUCAAAGUCUUCCAUCACUUUGAGACCAACACUGAGAACAGUUGCUGGUCGUCCAAUAUCAGAUAUGGAGAUGCCACUGAUGUCAGGGGAAUCAUCCAGAAAAUUCUGGACAUCCACAAAGUGCGCUGGACGUCUUGUUUUGGCCUUCGUCUCAGCAACAGCCAGUCCAGAGACCAGGUGCACUGGCUCCACCCCGAUAUGGGCGUUUCCCAUGUCAGAGAGAAAUAUGAACAGGCACGACCAAAUGAGGAGUGGAGGUAUGAAUUAAGGAUCCGGUAUCUUCCAAAGGGUUUUAUGCAGCAGUUUACAGAAGACAAACCUACACUCAACUACUUCUACCACCAGGUGAAGACUGACUACAUGACGGAUAUCGGGGAUCAGGUGGAACAAGAAGUAGCUCUCAAACUGGGUUGUCUAGAAAUCAGGAGGUUCUUUAAGGAGAUGAGAGGAAACGCCCUGGAUAAGAAAUCCAACUAUGAACUACUGGAGAAAGAUGUCGGUUUGAGGCGUUUUUUUCCAAAAGACCUGUUGGAUUCAGUCAAGGCUAAAAGUCUUCGCAAGUUGAUCCAGCAGACGUUUAAGCAGGUGGCCAAUCUCAACGAUGAGCAGUGCAUCCUGAAGUUCUUGGAGAUACUUGUGCCAAUCUACCGUUACGACAAGGAGUGCUUCAAAUGUGCCCUUGGGUCCAGCUGGGUGAUCCAGGUGGAUUUGGCUAUCGGGCCAGAGGAUGGGAUCAGCUACCUCACUGACAAGGGAUCCACGCCUACCCAUCUAGCUAACUUUAACCAAGUGCAGUCCAUCCAGUACUCGGCUAUGGAGGAGAAGGACAGGAAAGGCAUGCUACAGCUCAAUGUAGCUGGAGCUGCUGAGCCUCUUACUGUUACAACAGAUUCACUGACCAUGGCAGAAAACUUGGCUGACUUGAUUGAUGGUUACUGUCGGCUCGUCUCCAUGGAAACUCAUUCCUUCAUCGUCCGAGUUCAGAAAGAGGGAGAGAGAGCGCUGCCUUCCAUCCCGAAACUGUCGAACAAUGAAAAAAAGUUAGAAGCAGUCAGGAGUGGAGUAAGAGCGAUCUCCGUCUCAGACCUAGUGACAUCGACACCUCCUAAGCCAACCAAGGCGCGGCGUUUCCUCCUCCCCUUUGUCUUCUGUUCAGAUUCGCCGCCCAAUGAAGAUCUUAGUGGGGAUGAGACUGAUGACUAUGCAGAGAUAGUUGAUGAAGAGGACACAUACACCAUGCCCUCCAUGAGCUAUGGAGUAGUUGAAGCGCGGGACUAUGAGAUCCAGAGGGACAGGAUAGAGUUAGGUCGCUGCAUUGGAGAGGGUCAGUUUGGAGAUGUACACCAAGGAGUCUAUAACAGUCCGGACAAACCAGGUCUACCUGUCGCCAUUAAGACCUGUAAGAACUGUACCUCAGACAGUGUCAGAGAAAAGUUCCUACAAGAAGCAUUGACUAUGCGUCAGUUUGACCACCCUCACAUUGUCAAGCUGAUCGGAGUGAUCACAGAGAACCCGGUGUGGAUCAUCAUGGAGCUCUGUACUCUCGGAGAGUUGCGCUCGUUCCUUCAGGUGAGGAAGUACAGUCUGGACCUGGCCACUCUGAUUCUCUUCGCCUACCAGCUCAGCACAGCGCUGGCCUAUCUGGAGAGCAAACGCUUUGUACACAGGGACAUCGCAGCCCGUAAUGUGUUGGUCUCUUCAGUCGACUGUGUGAUGCUCGGAGACUUUGGUCUGUCACGAUACAUGGAGGACAGCUCUUACUACAAAGCUUCUAAAGGUAAACUUCCCAUCAAGUGGAUGGCACCAGAAUCUAUCAACUUCAGAAGAUUCACCUCUGCCAGUGAUGUCUGGAUGUUUGGUGUGUGCAUGUGGGAGAUCCUGAUGUACGGCAUCAAGCCCUUCCAGGGGGUGAAGAACAAUGACGUGAUUGGAAGGAUAGAGAACGGGGAGCGGCUGGCUAUGCCUCCUCAGUGCCCGCCCACCCUCUACAGUUUGAUGACCAAAUGUUGGUCGUAUGACCCCAGCAAGAGGCCGCGAUUCACCGAACUCAAAACACAGCUCAGCACCAUACUGGAGGAAGAAAAGCUUCAGCAAGAGGAAAGACUUCGAAUGGAGAUGAGGAGACAAGUCACUGUGUCCUGGGACUCUGGAGGGUCUGAUGAAGCACCACCUAAACCCAGUAGACCAGGUUAUCCCAGUCCUCGCUCCAGUGAGGGCUUCUUCUCCAGCCCACAACACAACCACUUUCCGCCAUCGGCCCACGGUGGUGUAGGAGGAGUAGGAGGCAGCUACCCUCCUACCGAUACCUGGAAUCAGCACAGACCUGAACACUCUGCACUGUGGAGCCCGAACAUGGAGGAUGGUGGAUGUGUUGGUCAGGCUAUGAUGGAGGAGAGGCUGAUGAUGCAGCAGCAACAGAUGGAGGAUGACCAGCGGUGGCUGGAGCAGGAGGAGAGCUUCAUGAAGGCUGAGUCCAGAAACAGCAGAGGAAGCAUCGACAGAGAGGACGGCUCACUACAAGCACCGCUGACCGGUGCCAUUGCUGGAGGGACUUCUCAGUACACCAUAACAACUGUUAAUGCAGUUUUCUUGAAUUCAGCAUGUGAAGGUGGAAGCCAACACAUCUACCAGCCUGUAGGGAAACCAGAACAUGUAGCCCCUCCGAAGAAGCCGCCCCGCCCUGGAGCUCCCUGUCACCUCAGCAACCUGGCCAGUCUCUGCCCUGUGGACAGCUACAACGAGGGGGUCAAGUUGCAGCCUCAGGAGAUCAGCCCACCUCCCACCGCCAACUUGGAUCGUUCUAACGACAAAGUGUAUGAGAAUGUGACAGGACUGGUUAAAGCUGUGAUAGAGAUGUCCAACAGGAUUCAGCCUGCAGCACCAGAGGAGUACGUCCCCAUGGUCAAGGAGGUGGGGCUGGCUCUGAGGACUCUGCUAGCAACAGUAGAUGAGACAAUUCCUGUGCUGCCUGCCAGCACACACAGAGAGAUUGAGAUGGCCCAGAAGUUGUUGAAUUCAGAUCUGGCAGAGUUGAUAGCGAAGAUGAAACUGGCCCAACAGUAUGUCAUGACAAGUUUACAAAAGGAUUACAAGAAACAGAUGCUAAUGGCAGCUCACGCCCUCGCAGUCGACGCCAAGAACCUGCUGGACGUCAUCGACCAAUCACGACUCAAGAUGAUCACCCAGACCCGCCCACAUUAGCCCCGGAUCCGUUCACGCCUGGAAGUGGCGGGGGGCGGGGCCAGGAGAUUAUGUUGCUAUGGAAACAGAGAGUGCAGAAGAAGAGAACAUUUAGAUGGAUAUCAGUGAUGGAUGAAAAACACCGACUGAUGGACAGCAGACAUGACUGACUGAAACAAUCAGCUCCCUCUUCUCCCUCAAACAUUCACCGCUUCCUUUUCUCUCCGCUCUUUGGUCAAUAUUGUGUUGUUUUGUACUUUUGUUGCAUUAUUUUGCUUUUGUAUCCAGAGAAACACUCUUCUCUCCCAUCACGUAUCCUCAAGAAUCAUCCAUCACUACUUUUUAAUCUUUGAAGAAAAUGAAUUAAACAGGAGAUUUCAGAGGCUCGUUUGCAGGACUGCACAGACGCGUCAUCGACUUGCCACAUAAACACAAGACUAACACUCUCCACAUAUGCAGGAUGUAACAACUGGAACUGAAGAGCCAGAAUGAGGAGGAUGAUGAAGAUGAAUUCAUAAGGUUGUUGUUUAAACAUGCUUUUAUAUCAUAAUUAAUUAUUAUUAUUAUUACUACUACUUUCAGCCUUGACUCUUACAGUAUGUCUGUGUCAGUUUUUCAGUCUUCCUCUUGAAACUUGUAUGAGCAGAAAUGACUGAUUUACAGUACAGCUGCUCAUAUAUGUCAUAAUUUCAUCUCUCUUUUUUUUUCAUCUUCCUCCCUAGAUCUCUCUAUCUCAGGCAUCAAGACAUGGCAUAAAAAUGAAAUAUGAAAGCUGAAUUUUGAAGAACAAACUAAAUGUCUUUUUAUGGAAAAACAUGAUAAAAAAAAAACUGCCACAGGCCACUUUUUAAGUUAACUACAUAGUAAAUAUACAAAGAAGCUAUAUUUUUAACACAUUUCUGAGGCAUGAGUUGUUAGUGAAUAAGGGGGAGGGAUGAACUGGGGGGAGAGUGAGGGGAUGGAGGGGUGAGAGGUGGAGGAAGGGUCAUUUUUAAGUUACCAUGGAGGUGCUAAUUAUACUGUAUAGCAGGUCGCCCUGUGCCAAAUGAACUGCAAUUGAUAAAAAAAAAAGAGGAACAUUUCACUCAAAAUAUUGGUUAAUUGUUUUUAGCAGCAACUCAGUGUAAAAUUCUUUGGUCACUUUGUUGCUUGCAUUGUAUAUUCAAGCCAAAUGUGUUGUUGCAUCAGUCAUGUACACUCAACAAUGUGCAAGAUUUCAGUUACACUCUCUUUGUCAAAUUUCCUUCAGGUUAGUUGAUCCAGGAAUUUGAUUUUCAGGGACUUUGAAAUACUUAUUUUACAAAACUGUCGGUUCAUAUUUCAAACAGAAUUCAACGUUGAUGAUAAUCUUUUAGUUUUUAUUAGGAGGUGAAUUACAGUUGCAGUUUUCAUUUACGUACAACUAGCUGCACUUUUUUUUUUGUCUGCAUUGAAAUAGUUGCAUCGUAAACUCUUCUCCAAACCAGGAAUUGUUUAUGUCUAAUGUGAUUUGCUCUUUAUUUCUCCUCCAUUUGUCUUCAUGUCUUCUUCUAUCUUUCUACCUCCUGUACAGGAGUUAUUUAUACCUUUAUUCCCUCUCUUCUCCUGUUCUGCCACUGUGCAUUUCUUCUUUUUAUUCCUCUGUUACCCAUGCUCUCUCCUCCUCUCCUCCCUCUCUGAUUCUCUCUCCUUUCCACUGUUUCCUCUCCCCUGAGGUGAGCAGUAUUCUCAGGAAGGAGCCACAUGUACAGUUGCUAAACCAAGCAAAUAAAAACACUGUUAUCAUUAAGAAAUACA